AAACUUUCCAGCGCCGCUUCACCAUGUUUGUUCGCCGCCCAGUUCGAUGUCCAGCGCCGCUUCUUUCUUCGGUUUUGUUCGCCUCCACCGCCGCCGUCUCUCUUCGCCGAAUUCGCCUCCACAGUCGACGGAGCAGAUCCGAACAUGAUAAUAUAUGGCACCCAUUUAUGAAGAUGACAAAGCAACAAACAUGGCAUUAGAUGUGACAAACUAUUUGCUAGAGAUCUGUACUGGUCUCUUCAAAAGAGGCGGCUGCCGGAAACGACAGAGGCGCGUCGACGCCGGAGAUCCACCCGCUAGAAGAGGCGGUAGAGACAACACAGGUGGAUGUUGCCGGCAGAGGCAAAGGAGGCGGCGAGCGGCUGUUGGCGGCGCUGUUAGAUGUGGCGGUGGGAAUGUCAGGUGCGACGGCGAUGGCGGCGACGUCAAAUGCGACUGCGGCUGGUGGCGCCGCCGGAGCCGGAGCCGGCGAAGGUGGCAGUCACAGCCUAAGGCUGUACCGUUGCAUCUUCCUAGUCUUUUGUUGUCUCUGUAAUGUUUUAUUUUGUGUUGUAUUAUUAAUUAAUACACUUUUUACUCCUAUGCGUGACUGACGAGACUUGGACUCCUAUUUGUGCACAAAGGCAUUGUUAUUGUUCUAGUCCUAUUGAGAUAAUUUUCUCUAAUAAUAAUUGAGUUUUUUCUUAAAUAUUAC